AUCACCUGUGGACACAGGUUCUGCAGACAGUGCAUCACCAGAUACUGGGAGAAACCUGCUCCUUCAGGAGACUAUGACUGUCCUCAGUGUAGAAAGAGAUCCAGAACACGUCCUGUACUACAGCAGCUGAGUCAACCCAAUAAAACAAGAGGCUCUGAAAACAUGGAUGACAGCCUGCAGAGAGCUAUAGUAAACCAUAAAGACAGUCUGAAAAGGAGGUAUGAAUGUGUGAUAGAAGGCAUGGAAAAAGCAGGGAACCAAACUCCCCUCAACAGGAUUUACACAGAGCUCUACAUCACAGAAGGAGAGAGUGAAGGGGUUAACAAUGAACAUGAGGUGUGGCAGCUAGAGACAGCAUCCAGGACACCAACAUCACAUGACACAGCAAUCCACUGCAAUGACAUAUUUAAACCCUUACCAGGCCAAGAGAGAAGCAUCAGAACUGUGCUGACCAAAGGCAUCGCUGGCAUCGGAAAAACAGUCUCUGUGCAGAAGUUCAUCCUAGACUGGGCUGAAGAGAAGGCGAACCAAGAUGUGGAUAUCAUAUUUGUGCUUCCUUUCCGGGAGCUGAACUUGAUUAAAGAUCUCCAGUACAGUCUUCUCAGACUUUUAAAUGGCUUCCACCCAGAACUAGACAUAGGCAAUGCAAAGAAACUCACUGCCUGUAAAGCUAUGUUCAUCUUUGAUGGUUUGGAUGAAAGCAGACUUCCAUUGGAUUUCCAGCACAAUGAAAAGGUGUCUGAUGUCACCCAGACAUCGUCUGUCGAUGUUCUGCUGACAAACCUCAUCAAGGGGAAUCUGCUUCCUCUGCUCUCCUAUGGAUAA